CUAAAUCAGGCAAUGUACACAAAAGCAAUUCCUUGGUCGCUAUAACAACGGACAGCCCCACUGUUUACGAACCGAAGUCUGCACGAGAAACAGUAACGCACCACCUUCGAGCCCGAACGCCCAUUCACCCACCACCCGCUCAAAUAAUACGAACAUUGGAAACCCAUCCGAAAAGUGCUCUAUUCAAGUAAAAAAAAAGAAAGUCAACAUGCUAGUGCCAUCGGAAAUUAAAUCACUACACCGUCUAUUUUUAAAAACAAAUUGACAGUUCUAUUUUCAAAAGUGACAGUUACGUUCGAAAAUGAUUCGUAUUGUAGUGUUGGUAUUAUUAACGAAUCCCGCAUUCUCGGCGCGGGAACCUCCGCAAAUAAACUUGGUGAAUCAAGGGACAAUAGCUGGAAUGUAUUUAACGAGGUUCCGGACAAAGAGGAUUGCUGCAUACUUAGGAAUUCCGUUUGCUCAACCUCCACUUGACUUUAGACGGUUUGGUCCCCCCGAGGUGAAUGAUUUGCCGCGUUGGGACGGUACAAGGAAUGCGACGAUGUACGCUCCGGAUUGCAUGCAGCAUGAUCCAAUGCAGAAAGACGAUAAGGAUGAAGCUGUAGGGACAUCGUUGCCGAAGCAUGAUGAGUUGUUUUUGAAGCUGUUGGACACCCAGUUGGAGGAGCCGCGCAAGAGGGAAUUUUCUGAGGACUGUCUUUAUUUGAAUGUUUACGUGCCGGACGGUCCCAAAAUCGAUAAAUUCCCAACGAUAGUGUGGUUUCACGGGGGAAGCUUCGUUCGCGGCAGCCCUAAUUACCUGAACCCUUUUCAUCUCGUCUGGAAAUAUAAGGUGAUAUUUGUUUCGGUCGCGUAUAGAUUAAAUAUUUUUGGAUUCUUCUCAACGGUAGACAAUGAAGCUACUGGAAAUUAUGGACUGCUUGAUCAAGUGGCUGCUAUGGCGUGGAUUAAAAAUAAUAUAGAGAGUUUUGGGGGUGAUCCAGAAAACAUCUGCAUAAUGGGACAUGAAGCUGGAGCUGUAAGCGUUGGAGUCCAUUUAGUCUCACCAUACUCAGCCGGCGCCUUUCAAAAAGCAAUAGCAAUGAGUGGAAAUAUUUUAUCACCAAACACCGUGAGCACAGCAAGCAAAGAAGUAUUAACUGUUGAUAAAAUUGCUAUCUCUUUCGGGUGCUUUAGGAAACCGACUUUUCAACUGUUGGAUUGUUUAAGAAGAGUUCCCGCUCAAGCCCUUUUGGAUAUAGGUGGCCCAUUAGCAGAAUGGGGACCAAUUGUUGAUAUUGGAUUCAGCAAUGUGUCAUCAGCUUUAUUUCCAGAAAAACCGAGUAAAAUGUUCGACGAAAUCAUAGCUCCGGUCCCACUUUUAACUGGAUAUACAAAUAUGGAAGAUGCUUUAGGACUACAAAAAGAAGAAAAUGAUGAACCUGGCAUAAGUCAAACUCAAUUCGAUAUAAUGCGUACAGAAAUUGUUCUGUCAGAUAUUACCGUCGACAAUAGCUCAUGUUUUACAAAUCAACAUCACAUACAAGAUGCGGUUGCGUUUUUCUACAAACCUAUACCACCUACCAAUAACGAAACAAUAUUACUGAAACAAUUUUUGGAAUUUUACACAGAUAAAGUACACGGGGCCACAACGUACCAACUAGCUAAGUACAUUAGUAAACACGCGCCAGUAUACCUUUACAGGUUUGACCUGAAACCAUUUUCUGACAUUGUAAAUGACGGUAUUCCCGAUUGGAUUGGAGUUCCUCAUAAUUUUGAUUUAAUUUACACUUUUGGAUUACCCCAUUUGGCUUUGCCCGAGGAUUUCGGUAAAUGGGACAUCAGAGAUAAGAGUAUUUCGGAUGUUGUUAUGAAAAUGUGGACGAACUUCGCAUGGUUUUCCAACCCUACUAAUUCUGGAAUCAACGUCGUUUGGGAGCCUUUUGAAAACGAAAAGCCAGGUUUUCUUAUAAUUGACCGAAAGAAUUUCACAAUGAGUACACCUGAAACCAUAAAUUAUAAGGCGUUUGAGUUUUGGACAGAUUUCUAUCCAAAAGUGAUUGAAAUUGGUACAAAAUGCUGCAAAGAAACAAUGGCGGUCAAGCUACUCGUGUUAUUUGCAAUGUCUCUGACAUUGGCGAGGGGUCAACGACCUGGCUUCGCCGGCAGCAGGCCUAUUGGUUACCCUGACGUGUAUAACAGAACCACCACCACUCCUGUUGGGCUAGAUGAUCGGUUCGGAGAAGGUGACGUCACUACCCAAAGGCUGCCAAUAGAAGCAAACGGAGACCGAGAAUUAAUAGACAGGUUAAGCAAACUGCCGAUAGACAAACAACCCUUCUGGUUCAUCAACUGGCAAGCGCUCGAAGCAAACAGGAAGAAACCACAGACCUACCCGCAAAAACCAAACGUUUUCAUAGACCCAAUUCCUAAUCCAGCUAACGAUGAAACAAAAUCCCAAGCCGACGGAAAAGUUCCAAAUUCAAAUAUCAGUAAUUCCAAUUCGAAUUCAGAAUCCACAGUUGCCAGUUCUACAAACAUAGGGCCGGAUCGAGGGGCAGAUAUCGUAACUUCCAACACGAAUUCGGAAAUCAAAAAUAGAUUUUCAGAGACUGAAUCUAGCGCAACAAGUGAAUCAAAUGAAGAGUUUAGCAGCGAAAAAGCGCAAGAAACAUCAGCAAAAACAGUGCACUUACCAACACAUAAUCAUUUUAGACCUUCAUGGCGGCAUACUACGUUUAGACCCAGAAAUCCAAUCAUCGAUUAAAAUGUGCCUAGUGUUUUCGGCGAAACAUUCUGAUUUAAGUGCUGUCGUGAAGUAAGAGAAGUGGUGUGGCAUUUAGUUGAGGCAAAAGCCAAAAUGUGAACUAAAGUUAGCAGGCUACAUGUAAUCUGCGGAAUUUAAAGCUCAGAUUAAUAAUUAAUGUGCAAGUUACUUUUGUGUUUACUUAAGUGGAAUAAUUAAAUUUAUAAAAGGAACUUUUAUAAAUGAAAGUCAUGUAGAAAGUAAUAAAACACAUUAUAUUGACUUUUUAAAUAAAUAAAAAUUAAUUAC